AUGAAAAUGUCUUUUUCUAGUGACCACGGUCCGUGGGAAGCAGGAAAUGGUGCAGAAUUUCCAUCAGGAUACCCAAACGAAAUAAAUGGUUACGGCGGUCUAUGGGAUCCCCAUCAUUUUCCUGGACAAAGUCCCGCUCUCGGAGGAUAUCCUGAUAUUUUAACUGCUUUCAAUUCUGAUUUGGUUUGGCCACGUCAACAAUGCGCAGGAGGUUUGGUAUCGAGCCGCUCGGGUCGUAGCGGCUCUUCAAGCGGACAUUCUUCGAAAAAACCACGUAGAAGAGUCGCUACGAUAGCACAACGUAGAGCCGCAAAUAUCAGAGAACGACGAAGAAUGUUCAAUCUCAAUGAAGCUUUCGACAAACUAAGAAGAAAGGUUCCUACUUUUGCAUACGAAAAACGCCUAUCUCGCAUCGAGACUCUUCGUCUAGCCAUUACCUAUAUCAGCUUUAUGGCAGAGUUACUACAUGGACAUCCGUUGGAUCACAAAGGCGGCGAUAUUUAUCCUCCAAGAGAAUACGUUCCUUAUGGACUGAUUAAUUAA